AGUUAUACCAAGUAAGACAAGUUAUUUGGGGAUUUAGCAAUGUUUAAUAACCUAUUGUGGACAUAGCAUUGUUCAGAAUACAGUUUUCACUGCAGAGAAAAUUUUCCCAAUGAAAUCUCAAUUUUCAUAAAAAUGGACAUAGCCCACAUAUUCUUAUUCUCCAGCGACGAUAUCUGGUGCUAGGUAAACAGAAUUGAAACAAUCUGUUGAGAACAUAAGUGACAUAUUCUCAACGUGCGUGUUUGAUUGGAGAUUGCAGUACAAAUAAUCUGACUUUGUUUAGUUCCAAUGAAAAAAUUGUUUUGUUGAAGAUGAAUUGUAUGGAAGUGGCAGAAGGACCCUUAUCUAAUACAUUGCUAUGUACCCUGGAAAAAUUUAGAAAGAAACAUUAUAGAGAAAAUAUGGAUUUACAAUUUCUAAAAGGUGAAAAGUUUCAGUUUCCCGAUUUGAGUGGACACAGGGAUGGACUCGAAUUGCUGGAAGCAGAAUUUAUAGAAGAUUGUUAUGGCAAAGAUGAUGUAAUAUAUGAGCACUUUGUGUAUGUGUUUGAGCUCAAGAUAAAAGCUGAUGUUUGUAUAUAUCCUCUGGAUGAUGACAUAUGUGAAGAUCAUUUGGUAGAAAAAAUUGUUCGGUGGAUUGUACCUGAAGAUAGAUACAAUGAUAACAGAAAAAUUAUUAAUCACAAAAUCAUCGACUCCAAUAACACAUACCACACCAUAAGCGUAACACUAUUGUGUGAAAUCAAUUUCGCAGAUAAGGUAAUCAAAUCCCCCUUUCACGAUGAGGUAACGUAUAAAAUUAUGCAUCAAUUUAUAACAUGUGUUGGGUGUGUUAUUCAAAAGAAAAAGUCUCGAAAGAAUUGGAAGGUGAAUUACAAAAAGAAAUUGAUUUUUUGGCAAAAUACACUGAAACGGAUUUUCAUCCAAAUUCAAACAACAUAGUUCGUGAUCUUGUCCAUCCAUCAUUAUAUCUCUACGUUAAUGGGGUUUCUGUAAUAAAAGAGUCGUCUACGUACAAAUGUGUCUAUGAAGCAUUUGAUUUUUGGGGUCGUCCGUAUGAAAGCUCUGGCUACCAGUGGCUGCCAACACAGUUUUAUAUUUCCUCUGACUCGAAAUGUAAAAUAAAUGACUACAUUAACAAUCUUGACGAAAACAAGUUUCAACAACUUUAUGUUGCGUUAGAAAAACUUUUCCAGGUGUUUUUACCUUAUUUUGAAGAUGUGUGGUCCUACACGAAAGCAAUGAAAGUGUAUGAAGAAGGUAAAGAUCCUGAAUAUUUCGUGAAAGAACCUGUUAGUUUUAAAGAUAAAGAACUACAAGUUAUCGUUAAAAUCGUUCAGUACACAUUACAGCCUAACGGAUUUUAUGAAGGUGUUUGGCAUGCAGAAGGAAUGUCUCAUGAAAAUAUCGUCAUGACAGGUAUAUUUGAUACGUCCUGCUGCCAACAGAAAUACAUUGUUAAUUGGUUGCAUCCACAUUUUUAAGUUCUUUACAUUUUGGACCAUUUUAGGCUAACUGUAUUUAGUCAAAAAAAAUUAUGUUGUCAUCAUGUUUGGCAUGUUCUUUGUACCAGUUGUAAUGAAGAACUACAUGAUUUAUUUUAUAUAAGCAACUUGGAUUCUGGUCAGAUCUCUGCUUUUUUUAAUCAAUGUCUAGAUCCAUAGAUCUUAUAUCUACUGUAGUUAGAGUUUCUUUAGAUUUGAAAGGGGGUCUCUUUCUUCUUUCGCAACAAAUUAAAUUUUUGUGUUGUGUAUGCAUGUAUUUAUAUAGAAAUCCAGGUCAGAAGGGGUAUGAUAAAGAUGUCACUUCUUCAAAAAAUCCCAGAAUGCAAUUUCAUCACUCUUCCUGUCACGCCCGUACAUUGAUAUUUUUGGAAACUGUUAAUAGGACCUUUUAGAAACAUUAAAAUAAUAGAUCCACGAAUAUUUGUGUCUUUUUUUAAUUUUAAUUCGUCUAUGUAUUUUUGUGUUGUCUUCGAAUUCACCAAAAUUAAAUUAGCAUGCAUGUAAAUUUUUAUUUCGUUUAAAUUUCAGUAAAUCUUGUUUUUGUGGCAUUAUUGUUACGGUCAAACGCUUUUUUUGAUUUAAUAAUAUCUUUAAAAAGGUACAAUUUUUAGGCUGUAGAUAAGUGCCUAUAUUUUGUGCAAGUCACUGACAUUUUUGCCGACCUCUUUUGCCAACUUUUUUUUUAACUGAUAAAGGAGUUUUUCUAAAGUGUCUUCCAUAUAGUUAUUAUCAAAUGCAAAACAUCAUGAAUUUUCCUAUUUACAAUUUUUUUUUCUCCGCAAAAGAGUA